UCCAGCUUCAGACGCUGCAUGCAGCAGAGCGCCUCACACACGCACAGUGGCCAUGAUGCAGGCAGUUUUACCUAGCGAAGGACAAUAGAGAGCUCCUACGUCUUCUGACGGCGGAGAUCAAGUGUAUGGUGUGGGAGGAGGAAGUAGUACUUUUCUACUACUUUGUUGCCGUGUUAUGACAUAUGCGGAGGGUCGGCGCGGGCCAGACACUUGGCUCUUGCUGGCCGGACCUGGCCCGCGGGCCGCCAUUUGGGGUUCGCACGGCAUUCACUCAUUUUUGCUUCACAUGGCCACAGGUUGUCGCUGUUUGUCACGCCGCUGAUAACACCCCGGCCAACCAGUAAUCGCAUCUCUCCUCUCCUCUCCCCUUGCCCUCCCCGUUUUCUUCCUCUCCCGACAGUAGCACGCCUCAGAUUAGAUGCAGUGUGACCAGCAGCACCGAGCGCAGACACCGUCCAGCCACCCACCGUCCGCACACCAGCGCAGCAAAAAUACAACCCAAACGAUGACAUUCAUACAGAAACGACAGAAGCCAUCAGUUAUUUGACAACUUCCGACCCCUGCACACCUUGGCGUCGCCCCUUUGCUGUAAGUGCCCUGGUCCAACUGUCCGGCCUUCCAGUCCAGCAGGACCAUGAUGCUCAGCAGCUCUUUGGAGGUACCCAGCCCGGGCGGGAUGAGCGGCCUCAGUGGGUUUACCGCUGCAGCCCGGAAUGUGGUGCGCUCCUCCAGCAUCUCGGGGACCAUGUACAGCCUGGAGAAGAGUCCCGGCAGCGUAGGCCUGGACUCCGCAUCUUUGAGUGGCAACAAGAAGCGGCGCUCCAGUCUCGGCGCAAAGAUGGUGGCCAUUGUGGGGUUGUCACAGUGGAGCAAGAGCACGCAGCAGCUCAACCAGCAAGGUGGCGGGACAAAGAAGCUUCGCAGCACCAUCCGACGUAGCACUGAGACCGGCAUCGCCAUGGAGAUGAAGAACCGAGUGACACGGCAGGGCAGCAAAGACUCAACCGACGGCAGCACCAACUCCAACAGCUCUGACGGAACGUUUGUCUUCCCCACCACACGCCUUGGGCCUGGGAGCCAGUUCAGUGACUUCCUGGAUGGACUAGGCCCUGCUCAGAUUGUAGGCAGGCAAACACUAGCUACACCCCCCAUGGGGGAUGUCCACGUAGGCAUGGUAGACAGAGGAGGGCAGCUGGAGGUGGAGGUCAACCAGGCUAGAGGGUUGAUCCCUAAACCUGGCUCCAAGAAUAUACCAGCGACCUAUGUAAAGGUGUAUGUCCUGGAGAACGGAGUGUGCUUGGCUAAGAAGAAAACCAAAGUCAUGAAGAAGACUCUGGACCCCACCUACCAGCAGCCUCUCUUGUUUGAUGAGAGUCCUCAGGGAAAGGUCCUACAGGUAAUAGUGUGGGGGGAUUACGGCCGUAUGGACCACAAGUGCUUCAUGGGAAUGGCCCAGAUCCUCCUGGAGGACUUGGACUUUUCUGCCACAGUCAGCGGCUGGUACAAGCUUUUCCCUACCUCCUCUCUGGCAGACCCCAGCAUCGGACCCCUCACCAGACGCCUUUCCCAAUCCUCCCUGGAGAGCGCCACCAGCCCCUCAUGCACCUAGACACACCAGUUUACACCCACAUGCACAGGCACAGGCACAUGCAGCGCCAUGCAAACACGGACACACGUACUGUAUAUACACAACUUCUGUAUUUGAAGUACAAAACAGGUAGGCACACACACACACACACACACACACACACACAUAACCACAUCACCUUGUGGAUCUACGCAGGAAGACACAUGACAUAAUAACUGAUCUCAUUGACAUAAAUACACCCACUGACAGGUCACCUAAUCCUGUGGUGGACAUUUUUUCUCCACAUUGUCACCCACUGAUCGGUGUUUUUGGUUGAUUAAGUUUAGAUGUUUACAGCUGAGCAAAUGAACAUGUAGCAUUUUUCACCCUCUCAUUUCCUACCAAGACGCAACAGUCCAUGUGGUGCCAUGUUCUACACUCCCAGUUACCAGAACUCUGUGGCAUGACAUCAUCCCAGGGCCACCCUGAUGCCAGUUUCUAAACUCUCUAUGCCAAACUAAGAUUUUUAUUUUUAUUUUUUAAAACCAAAGCAAUUGCUAUUGUUGUUAUUAUUAUUACUAAGUAGUAGGUUAACCAGUAUACAAUAUAACAUAUGGAUAUGUAGCAGAGUCAAUGUAGAUGUAAUACAAAAAAGAAGAUACAUUCUACAAACAUGAGCUGAGAACAGUAGGCCAAACACAUAAACAUACCUAGGCAACAGACUUGGAUGAUCACAUAAUGGAUAUUAUGUGAGGUAGCAACACUGCUAUUCUAUAUUUGUCACAGGGCAGAGUUUAUAUAUGUAUAUAUAUAUAUAUAUAUAUAUAUAUAUAUAUUAAUAGAUAGUUAAAUACUUAUUUGUGUGGUUACAUAUGUAUUGGCUGCAUUCUGCAUGUUUGGUUGCAACCCUUAUAGAGACAUUUUAAAGUGCUUAAGUCUUUUUAUUUAGCUUGCCAUGACCAAUGUAGUAGGAGUAUAGUGCUACUUUACUUUGCAAUCCAUCCUGAAAUAGAGCACUGCACUGAGUCAGUGAGAAAGACUCAGGGAGAGCGCCAUCAUCAACAUCCGCAGAAGAAGAGAACAAUUAGUCAGCCAGCAACACAUUCGCUGAGGAGCAAAUUUUUGAUCCUGCCUUCAUCUGGAGAGUGGAUGACUGUUGUAAUGCAAGGUGCUCAGCACAAAAGCUUUAGUAUGGAGGUUCUUGUGCUCAACAUCCAGGGGGUGCCACAGUCUCUCACUCGCUUCCUCUCUGUACACCAGCACCUAGACUUGUUUGAAUUUUCCGGUUGAUUUUCCCGUUUUGAUGUCAAAUUUUUUUCACAUGCUUCUUGAUUGACAAAAGAGGCAGGGGAGGUGGUGAGCAUGCCUCUUUCUUUUUCCACGUCUGGUCAGAUCACAGCCAGACAUCCAACCACAGGCAAGGUACCAACUAUAUACCUUAAUUUAUGAAGGUAAAUAUGUUGCAAAAUGUAAGCGCUUGUAGACUGGAUUUGUGAAGUUGUAGAAAAAAUUUGAACCUGUAUGUUGAAAUUUUCACUCAGAAAAAAUUCACACCUGUGUUCUGAAUU